AUGGUGAUUUGUCCCCAGUGUCCAGAUCAAAAUGACUCUUUAGAAAAAGUCACAAUGAAAGUCUAUUCCCCACCCACCCUCCAGAAGCUGGCAAGUCAGACGAUACUGAGGGAAGAGGCCUUGGCCAUUUCUACUCUCAAGGGCCUGCCUGUUGGGCUGUUUCCAGUAAUGUUUGAAGAAGCCUUGACUCAUGGACAUACAAAGAUCUUGAAGGCCAUGAUACCUGUGUGGCCCUUCCCAUGCCUUUCUUUAGGAAUGCUGAUAAAUAAUUGCACCUUGGAGACUCUGAAGGCAAUGCUUGAUGGACUAGAUAUACUGCUUGCACAGAAGAUUCGAACCAGAAGGUGCAAACUCAGAGUUCUCAAUUGCACUGAUAAAGAAUAUGACUUGUGGGGGAUAUGGGCUGGAUCCCAUGAAGGUGAAGGCUUGCCAGAGUUCAUGACAGAGAAGCAGCCAAUGGAAAACUGUACUGACUGUGAGGUGAAGAAAAAAUUGAAAGUGCCUGAAGAAGCCCUUGGUGUCACUUUGUAUCAGUAA